GGCUGGUCCACCCCAGACAAUGCAGCACACCGUCUGCCCAUGCGUAGUAUAACCUUGCAGGCCAGCCCGAGGCGUGAGUGGCGUGGUGAGUGGCGUGCCUGGGGUGUCCACGUCACUCUGCCCAGGGCUCCCACAGUCCCUGGGGGCGCUCUCUGCUUCUUGCUCCGCCCCUCACAGCGCGGGCCCGCCAAGAAGCUCAGAGCAGUAGACGCCAUGGCCGCCAGGAUCAGCACUGGGGAGCUAGGCCGAAGGCCGGGGCAGGGCAGAGUAGACCUGUUGCUAGUUGGAGAUGCUACAAGAUACAUCCUGGCUGGUUCUAUGCAGAAAUUCUUGACGAGCACAGAACAGAUCACCCUGACCAUUAGCAACGUAAAGAAGGUAGCCGCGCUUUUGGCUGCUAACUCGUUUGACAUAAUUUUCUUGAAGGUGACUUCUACCCUAACUGCGGAGGAGCAAGAGGCUGCCAAAUUAAUUAGAUCUGGCAAGAAGAAAAACACACACUUGCUGUUUGCUUUUGUAGUACCUGAAACACUUAGAGGCUAUAUUUCAGAAUUUGGAGCUGACAUUAGUUUCAAUGAGCCGCUGACCUUGGAAAAAGUGAACACAGUGGUAACCUACUGGAAAAAGUAUUUCACAAAUCCGGAUAUGGCAAACACUGAGUUGCCUCCAGAAUGCCGACUGUACUUCCAGACGUCCUGCGGUGAACUCAGAGGGCAUUUUUCUACAGAUCUGUUUCUUUGCUCUGAACUGCUGAAAAAUGACACUGGACGUGGAUUACCGGCCCCAUUGUCAAGUCUAGACAAAACCAAAAAGGCUUCUCUUCUUCACUCAAGCAAAGAAAAGCUGAGACGAGAACGCAUCAAGUUUUGCUGUGAGCAGUUGCGCACUCUCCUGCCAUACGUCAAGGGGAGGAAGAGUGACGUGGCUUCAGUUAUCGAGGCCACAGUCGAUUAUGUGAAGCAGGUCCGGGAUUCUCUCCCUCCAGUCAUUAUGGCCCAGAUUACAGAAUGCCUUCAAAGCAAUAAAAGGUUUUCUAAGAGGCAGAUGCCCAUCGAGCUGUUCCUUCCAUUCACAGCCACAUCACAGAGGGAAGAUGCCAUGCUGACAAGCACUUUCUCACCUGUGCAAGAGAUCCAGCUCCUGACUGAUCAGGGCCUGAAUGUGUAUUCCAUGUCUGCUGCAGGAGGACCUUUGGAGGAAGCUGUGAGAGGUCAGCCAGGCUCUGUUUCAAAGAGCUCCAUUGAGGAUCUUUAUGAGACUCGUGUCCCCAGCACGGCCCUCUCUCUGAAUUCCUUCCGUGCUGUCAGAUACUCUUCUGGACCUGUCUCUUCCCAUGAGGCCGCUGCCAGGGCAAAUCAGAACAUUUCCAUUUAUUUACCACCCACUGCGCCCAGUGUGUCCAACUUUAUCCCUCAGCACUGCAAUUCCAUGCUUUGCCCAACAUGUCCAACCAAUCCCAAUUGUCUGUGCACUCCCGGCCGUGAGCUUCCAGCCAGUUCUCGUGCUGCCUCAUCCAGCAUCUUUCGUGGGUUCCAAGAGUCAGACUCAGAUCACCAGGCUUCUCAGCAAUCCGCUGGGCCAUCUCCGCAGCCUCGUGACAGUAGCUACUUUUAAGAAAAAUUAAUAUUUGAAAACAUGUAGAUUUAGUUGCCUGAAGAUGCCAGUUAGCUUUAUUAACUUUCCUGAUACAGAAAUGCAUUUGUGACAUUGUGAGUAAGAAUGGGCUAGACUCAAUUAAUGUGCACUUCUCCCUGCCAACAGCUUGGAGUAUAUUAACAGUCCAUGUGUGGGACUCAUAUCUACACCACAUGCUGUGCAUAGCUGUUCAGCUGAGGAGUAAGGGACAAAGACAAAUAUUAGAUGCUGACCAUGUUGUCUGAUAAAUGUGCAAGAACCUUCCAAAGGUACAUAGAAAGAUAGUUGAUGACAGUGACAGCCUUGUGUUCCCAGGCAUCUUCAUUCAUGGUGGGAUUUCCCUGGUCAGAGAGCUGCAAGCAGCUCUGAGUGACCCCACACGCAUUCAUUCUACCAAAAAAUAACUGUUCACUUUGUGAAAAUCAUACUACAAAGAAGACCCACGUGUACGUAAACAUCUAAGACCAGGAAGGGCACACCAAGCACGGCUCCUGUGGCCUGGUGAUUGUUUCUGCCAUUGAUUUCUAUUGGUAUCUUUUCUAGAUUUGGCAUUUUAAAGAGCCCUCUUCUUCAUUCAUCAUCCGAACUAAAAUAACCAGGGAGAUGUGGAGCAACAUCUGCUUGUCCAGUUGGUGGCUAUGGAUAAAAUGAUAUGCGUUCCACUGCAGUUUGCAGUCUUGUGAGUGGAAUGGAGCUAGGAGGGGCAUUACUUACCUUGCUGGACCCACACAUUUCUGCUUUGUCCUUUCCUUGUAUGGGGUGUUUGAGCAAUUUUUGGAAACAAGGAGAGAGAAAGAUGGUUGUUUUAUAUUUCACUGAAAUGUUCUUACACAAAAGUUUUAUUGUUAAAGUGUCUAGGUUUACCCUGUAAUCCAUUGUUUUGCUUAAUAAAAUGUUUUCUCUUUUAAUAAUAGUA